UAUACAAUAAAGGGAAAUCCCCACGCGGUCUACUACAGUAAAGUUUGAAUACCAACACAACAGCUGUAAGUCUAUAGCUCUAGGUAACUUAUUUUGAUUAAAAUCAUCAUCGAUCAAAAAUAUACCAUCAUGACUGCCAAGUCGUUGCUUCUGCACUAUCAUCCGCCACCAGAAUUGUCCAAUCCAGUGAACAUGAAAACAUUUCAACAAAGUUUAUCUGGUGUGUUCCAAGAGGCUGGAUUUGACAGCCAACCUCACUAUCAAGAAGGCAGCUUUGGGUUAUUGGCAACCUUCACCAGUGACAAAAACGGAUCUGCAUCUGUCACCUGCUUUACUGAUGGUGCUGUGGUUGUCAAUUUAUGUCUCUGGAUUAAAGAUAAACAGAAUGAGGAUGAUCAAAUGAACAAUAUUACAAAUUUAGAUCAGCAACUGAAGGAGUUACUUGCUUGCAAGAAAUCUAAAAGGCUUCCAUUCAUUUCACAUCAAGUUGAUAUGGACUGUUAUUUGCCAACCAGUGACAGGAGGAUUGUGGAAUAUGAUUUUGAUAAAGUGACAUUUGAGGCUGAUUCAGAUUAUCAAAAUAUCAAGAUAAUGCACUCACCUCAGUACGGCAAUGUGCUGAUUCUUGAUGAUGAUGUUAAUCUUGCGGAGAGCGAUCUUUCAUACACGAAAGCAAUUACUGGAAAUGGACGUGAAGAUUAUACUAACAAGGAGAUCCUGAUACUUGGUGGUGGAGAUGGUGGUAUUUUACAUGAGCUGUUGCAAGGAAGUCCAAAGUUUGUCACCAUGGUGGAAAUUGACCAAAUUGUGAUCGAUGAAGCCAUCAAACAUCUCCGUGGUAUUUGUCACAAUUCCAUGGACAGUCUCAAGGGUCCUCAACAUGAAGUUAUUGUUGCUGACUGUGUGCCUGUAAUGAGAAAAUUUAUUGAGGAAGGGAAACAAUUUGACUAUGUAAUCAAUGAUUUGACUGCCAUUCCAAUAACAACUGAAUCAAGAGGAGAUGCAUGGGAUUUUAUGCGACUUAUUUUAGAUCUGUCAAUGAAAGUAAUGAAACAAGAUGGAAAAUACUUCACACAGGGUAAUGGUGCAAACAUGACAUCAGCUCUUGAAAUGUAUGAAACCCAACUAAAGAAACUGGAAUGCAGCAUAGAAUUUAAAAAGGAGAAGAUAUGUGUUCCUUCCUACCUUGAAUAUUGGAUAUUUUAUGAAAUAUGGAAGACUUGCUAAUCAACGACAGGACGAUGCUGUCCACAUGCUAUGAAUGGAUUAAAAAUUUAAAUAAACUAGAUAGCCAUAUUUGAAUAUUUAUUUUUCAGCCUUUAUUUAAAAUUUUUUUCUUUGUCGCAUUUGCCAGGUGAAACAUUCCAAAAUUUAGAGAAAAUGCCAUGUGAAUUGAAUACUUUAAAUAUUUUCAGUAAGCUUUUGUCAUUCUACUGAAAAUUAAAAUGAGAAAAAAGUAUCUCCACCAAUUACCAAACACUUAACAGGAUCUUUAUAACCUUUGCACAUAUCUUUAAAUUAGUGCCAGUCAAUUAAAAAUUUUGUAGUAAAACAUCCGUAAAUCUGACUUAUUGAAUAUUGAUGAUUCCUUUAAAUAAGCAAUCAUUUUUAUUAUCAUUAUCGAUGUUUAUUAAUCAACAAGCGUAUUGGCAACAAAUCUUUUCCGUGUGAAGUGCCACUCAUCUGGAAUAACCUUCCAGUGCACAACAUUCAAUCUUCACCAUCUGUGGCUGUCUUUAGGUCUAACGUCUUUGAUUAAUAGGCUUCAUUAUUUUAUUUAUUUUUGUAUUAUUUUGUUAUGAUUCUGAACCUUCCCACUGCUUCUUUUAAUUUGUUUACUUGUUCUGUGCUUGGGUUGGGCAUUGAUCAUGACUGGCUGUGGGUUGUGGGGUGCAGUACUUCGUAUCUGUAAAGAAAGGCGCUUUAUAAUUAACCAGAUUGGAUUGGAUUGUGCGCUAUUAUAUUCAUCUAAAAAGAAAACCAGCAUACAUGCAACUGGCUCUGUCAAAGCCCACUGUUUGUUGCAAUUUAUAAUUUUCGCUCAUGCACCUACAAAAAACGGCUGGUUUUGCCAGAGCCAGUCACAUAUUUGCUAAACUUGAUUCAAGUCCCUAAAUGAAAACUAAUAAAAACAAAUUGAUUUUGGCACCAAUGGCGGUAAGUAUUCACAAAUAGACUUAUGCAUGAAUAAAUGAA